CCUGUAGAUUUUUUUUUUUUUUUUUUUAAACGACCUUUUUGAAUCCUGUCAGUUCUGCAAAUUAGGCUAAGGCUGCAUUCUAAUCCCUUCAAGCAUCGUUUUUUAUUCAUUGCGGAAGCGGAAACGUCUGAAAAAUAGAGAUUUCUUUCUUUUUCUUUUUCUGGUUUGAGCGCGAAAAAAUAGAAUAGAAGUAGUUUUUAUUUUUAUUUUUUUAUUUUACUUUGAUUAGGCCCAUUGAGAUCCGUUCUUUCUUUCUUUCUCUUUUCUUCAAAAAAUGAUUUAUGACGAUAGAGUUUGUUGAGUUUCGAAAGUUUUCAAUGAACAACAAGUAGCCUUUUUUCAAAUACCUUUCAGCUUACCCUUUCUGCUAUCUUUCCCCCUUUCAUCUCUAUUAAUUAGGACUUGAAUAUCUGAUAUACCUUCUCUUUCAGGUUGAUUUGCUUUUAUAAAAGAAAGAAAGAAUAAAAAAACCUGUAGUUGUUUUGUGGCUUUUAGGUCUUUUGUGUGAAUGAGAUGGUAAUGGCAUCUCUGGAUUCAAAUCCAUAAAGGCCCCCUUCUUCUUUUGUCAUGUUCUUUGCAUAAAGUUUCUUUCUUUUUGUCUUUUUAAAAGCCAUUGAAUUAGACUGAUUGUGAAAUUCACAAUUUUCCUAUCUAUGCUUGAAUUUGAAUUUGAAUUAUUUUACAAACGACAGUUAAUGGGAUGAGCUGAUAAUCUGGUGGCCCGUGUUACUUUUUGGUCUUGAAAAUGACUGGUACUGUGGAUUCGUGACUUUGCUUGGCUGAUUGCUUGCUCACACGCAUAAUAGUAGUUUGUCCUGGAUUUCCAUUUCUUUCUGUCUUUUCUUUAAAAGUACUCUCAGCCCUGAAUAUCUAUGACCAUUUGUCUUUUUUUUUUUUUUCCCAAAAACUGACGCUCUUUAUCUUCCUUGUUUCUGCUAUAAUUUUUCUCAUGCUAAAUAUUGUUUCCUAUGUGAGAUUUUACUUUUAUUGCUUGGGCCAAGAAGAAUUUGAGGUUUCACUGCCUACUAUCCAAGUUGUUCUGUGCUUAUAUAUUGUGCGGUUUCUUCAAACAGCAGUUAUUUCAGCAAAUUUCGGAUGCUUUGCAUAAGCAGGUCAUCUCCUGAUUACAGGAUGCGUGACUCAACUGGUGUGCAAUUCAUGAUAAACUUUGGUUCUCUCCCAAACUUCUCACAAACAGCUGGGAAACUUGAUAAUUCAGAAAAUCAGGCUGCUUUCAUUGAUGAAUCUGAGAGCUCUUGUUCCUUCAAGUCAGAGGUAAGCCAAUGCAGUGGAGAGGCUAGAAGGCUUGGAACAUGUGAUAAAGGCAAUAAUAUCUGUCCAUAUAGAUGUCAACUUGAACAGGAUGUUCAAAGCUUGCAACAAAAAUUAGAUGCAGAGAUGGAAUUGCAUUUUGUCCUUGAGAAUGCUGUAGGGCAUGUGGCUACAACAUUACCCAAUUUAUCUAAUGUCCCACAUGAUGCUGAAGAACUCUUGCUUGAUAUUGCUACAUUGGAGGUCACAGUUUCAAAGCUAGAGCAACAGAUGGUUUCUUUGAAUUAUCAGCUUAGUCAAGAAAGAAAUGAACGCAGACUUGCAGAGUACCAUUUGAAACAAUCAUCUACUCAGUCACUGUAUCUGUGCUCUUUGGAUAAUUUGAAAGCUCAGAAUACAAUAGAUUGUGGCAGACCCAUUGAAGACCAAGUGGCAUCGAAGCAAGUGCUUUCAUAUGAAGUAGACUGCAGCACACUCAGCCAUGACAAUAAGACAUCAAGAAAAGUUAUUCCACAUGCAGUCGACUUUGGAACACCCAUCCAAGACAAGAAAGCAUCAACGCAAUUGGCUACACAUUCUGUAGACUGUGGCGCCCUUGUCCAGGACAAGAAGUCAUUAAUGCAAGCUCUCCCUUCUGGAAAACUCAAUAAAGAGAUUUCAGUCAAGGGCCUUUGGAAUCACCCUAAUCAACUAUCUGAGGAGAUGGUACGGUGUAUGAAAAAUAUAUUCAUAUCCUUAGCAGACUCUUCCACUGCAUCAUCCAAAUCAUCCUCAUUAGAGGGCCUCCACUCUCCCGUGUCUCCCAACGGUCAUCUUUCCAGUUUAUCGAUUUGGUCACUAUCUGAACCCUCAACAAGUGCAUCAUGGGUGCAGAGCCCGCAAGUCGAUUUACAGUGUAACAGUGAGGUGUUGGCUUCUGAAAAUGUCUUUGAUCCCUACAAAGUUCGUGGAAAACUAAGUUGGGCAGACAUUGGAAACUAUGGUUCAGCAAUUGAGGUUUCUUGGAUGUCAGUUGGGAAGAAGCAACUGGAGUAUGCUUCUGGAGCACUGCGGAGGUUCAGAUUGCUGGUUGAGCAAUUGGCAAAAGUCAACCCAAUCAACUUGAGCAAUGAUGAGAAGCUGGCUUUCUGGAUCAACUUAUACAAUGCUCUGAUCAUGCAUGCUUACUUGGCGUAUGGUGUUCCAAGAAGCGACUUGAAGCUUUUCUCUUUGAUGCAAAAGGCUGCAUACACCGUUGGGGGGUAUUCAUUCAAUGCAGCCACCAUCGAAUAUGCAAUUUUGAAGAUGAAGCCUCCGCUCCAUAGGCCGCAAACCGCAUUGCUUCUUGCUCUCCACAAGCUAAAGAUAUCAGAUGAGCAGAGGAAGUUCUCAGUUGAUACUUGCGAACCGCUUGUGGCCUUUGCUCUCAGCUAUGGGAUGUACUCCUCUCCAGCGGUAAGGAUCUACACUCCUAAAAGUAUAAGAGAGGAGCUUCAAGAAUCACAACGUGACUUUAUUCGAGCUUCAGUUGGAGUGAGCAGCAAAGGGAAGCUUCUUGUGCCGAAGAUGAUCCACUGCUUUGCCAGAGGCUUUGUUGACGAUGCCAAUUUAGCUGUCUGGAUCUCUCGUUUCCUUCCUCCACAACAGGCUGCCUUUGUUGAACAAUGUAUAUCAAAGAGGCGGCAGAGCUUCCUGAGCUCACGUAAUUGUGGCAUUCUUACCUUUGAUUCUCGCUUCCGAUACCUUUUCCUGCCUGAAACCUUGCUGUGAUAUUCCUUUAAUUGUGUCCUUCUCUUUCUACCAGAGCAAAUUCUCUUGUAUUUUCCUUCUUACUCGUCUCUUACCCUCUUACGUCCAAGAUGACAACCGUCUUUUUACUUCCCAAAAUGACAGCAUAAACAUUUUCCAGUUGACAUCCUCUCUGUUUGAAGCUGUUCUAUUAUUAGCACAUUGUAGAUUUCAUAGAUGGCCCAUUAUAGAAUGCUGAUAGGUUCCAAUUGGAAAAAGCGGGAUAAAUGUUUUAAAUCCUAGAUGCUUAGGCCAUAAAAUGUAACAAGUGAGAUAGUAUCAGCCCUCUUCCCCUGUCCUGCCACUUCCUGUAACUAUGAUCCUACCCUCCUCCCCUCUUGAUUUUAUAACAUUUUCAGGAGUUAGAACUGACCUGGCCAAAGGCAACCUCAUUGUCCAUUAUCUUUGUAACUCACUGCUGUUUUGGUCUUCAUUUCGUGGACCUCACUUGGACAUGCACCAUACUGUGACUUGAUUAUUAAUGUGUUUUUUGUUUAAUCUACCAGAAGGAAAAAAAAAUGUCGUUUCGAAGUUGUAUUGAGUGAAGAAAGUAUUGUAAUCAGUAACAUGGUGUAUGCAUUGCCAAACUUCCGUGGUAGAAAUAUGUGAUGUGGCUUUGUAAUCCGGUUAAUUGCUGCCAGCUUUUGCUCA